GCCUAUCUCUGACGCAGUGUGACCUUGCUCAUCCCUUCCGGGCUCUGAGACUGUUUCCCCUUUUUCAAGGUGAGGCUCCCGGCUGCCCGGAAGGCGCCGCCGCUGGUGACUAAAUCCAACCCCUUCUAGGACUGGUGGGGAGGGCGCGCCCUGCCGGCUGGUGCCCACCACUUGCGCGGCGUGCGCGCCAGAGGACCCGGCGCGCUCCUGUCCACGCUGCGCCUGCAGAGGUUUUCCCAGAGCACCGACUCCAGGGACUCCCGUCCGCGCCCCGCCCGCUCGAGGCCACCUGAGCUCAGGCUCCGGGUUGGAAGACACUGCAGAGGGACUCCUGCCCCGGGCGAGGCCUGGGGUGACGCCGACAAAGAGGGCCAAGGGCCGACCUCUCAAAGUCCUUGCUCUGCGGCGUCGGCUCCUCCCUUUCGCCAGCUGUCCCCCGUGGGGCCCAACUCAGUGGCCCCUUGCAGGGUCGUUCAGCACUUCGGGGUCGCCGGGGAGGCGGAGUGCGCGGGAGCGGAGCGUCCUCCCUCGCACGCAGGUGGCACCGCUGAGCUCCAAGCCCCUGCGGAGUCAACAGCCUGGUGGCUGGCGGCAGGGGGCGGGGCACAAGGCGGAGCCGGACUGGCCACCCUCCCCUCCCCAGUCGGGAUGGGGGUCUGGUCCGGAGUUUCUACAGUGACUUCCAGCUUUGCGUCCAGAUCCCGCGAACGUUCCAAAGCCCGCAGUAGGUUUCCCGGUAAUAGCCGCGGCCUCUCACCCCAAUUUCCUGCAGCCUGACUCCCUCGAGAACGUUCUGACACCCUUGGAUAACACCGUCGACCGCGCGACAAUCUCUGGGAAAAGCUCCUAUCAUCAACCCCUGUUGCAAGCUGCCGAACAGCAGCGGCAAGCAUGCGGGACUACGACGAGGCGAUCGCCUUCCUGGGCGAGUGGGGGCCCUUCCAGCGCCUCAUCUUCUUCCUGCUCAGCCUCAGCAUCAUCCCCAACGGCUUCAAUGGUAUGUCAGUCGUGUUCCUGGCGGGGACCCCGGAGCACCGCUGCCGGGUGCCAGACACCGCGAACCUGAGCAGCGCGUGGCGCAACCACAGUGUCCCGCUGCGGCUGCAGGACGGCCGUGAGGUGCCUCACAGCUGCAGGCGCUACCGGCUCGAGGCGAUCUCCAACUUCUCAGCGCUCGGGCUGGAGCCGGGGCGCGAUGUGGACCUGGAGCAACUGGAGCAGGAGAGCUGCCUGGAUGGCUGGGAGUUCAGCCAGGACGUCUACCUGUCCACCAUCGUGACCGAGUGGAAUCUGGUGUGUGAGGAAGACUGGAAGACGCCCCUCACCUCCUCCCUGUUCUUUGUAGGCGUGCUCCUUGGCUCCUUUGUGUCCGGGCAGCUAUCAGACAGGUUUGGCAGGAAGAACAUCCUGUUUGCAACCAUGGCUAUCCAGACUGGCUUCAGCUUCCUGCAGAUUUUCUCCAUCAACUGGGAGAUGUUCACUGUGUUAUUUGUCAUCGUCGGCAUGGGCCAGAUCUCCAACUACGUGGUGGCCUUCAUACUAGGAACAGAAAUUCUUGGCAAGUCAGUGCGUAUUAUAUUCUCUACGUUAGGAGUGUGCAUAUUUUUUGCAGUAGGCUACAUGCUGCUGCCACUGUUUGCUUACUUCAUCAGAGACUGGCGGAAGCUGCUUCUGGCGCUGACGGUGCCCGGGGUGCUGUGCGUCCCGCUGUGGUGGUUUAUUCCUGAAUCUCCCCGGUGGCUGAUAUCCCAGAGAAGACCUAGAGAGGCUGAAGAUAUCAUCCGAAAAGCUGCAAAAAUGAACAAUGUAGCUGUUCCACUGGUGAUUUUUGAUCCCGUGGUGGAGCUACAGGAGCUAAAACCCCCGAAGCAGCAGAAAGCUUUCAUUCUGGACCUGUUCAGGACUAGGAAUAUUGCCACAAUAACGAUUAUGUCUUUGUUGCUAUGGAUGCUAACAUCAGUAGGUUACUUUGCUCUGUCUCUCAACUCUCCUAAUUUGCAUGGAGAUGCCUACCUGAACUGUUUCCUUUCUGCCUUGAUUGAAGUUCCAGCUUACAUUACAGCCUGGCUGCUCCUGCGAACCCUGCCCAGGCGUUACAUCAUAGCUGGAGUACUGUUCUUGGGAGGAGGUGUGCUUCUCCUAAUUCAGUUGGUACCUGCAGAUUAUGACUUCUUGUCCAUUGGUCUGGUGAUGUUAGGAAAAUUUGGGAUCACAUCUGCUUUCUCCAUGCUGUAUGUCUUCACUGCAGAGCUCUACCCAACCCUGGUCAGAAACAUGGCUGUGGGGAUCACAUCCACGGCCUCUAGAGUGGGCAGCAUCAUUGCUCCCUACUUUGUGUACCUUGGUGCUUACAACAAAGUUCUGCCCUACAUCCUCAUGGGCAGCCUGACCAUCCUGAUUGGAAUCGUCACCCUGUUUUUCCCUGAAAGUUUUGGAGUGACUCUACCAGAGACCUUAGAGGAGAUGCAGAAAGUGAAAUGGUUCAGGUCUGGUAAAAAAACAAGAAAUUCAAUGGACAAUGAAGAAAAUCCCAAAGUUCUAAUAACUCCAUUCUGAUAAAAAUGUCCACCCUAUUUGGUGACCUGAAAAACAGACACAUAAGACUGAAGAAACCAAAGCCUCUCCAGAUGAAAUGGACUGACUAUAACAAUGAGUGGACCUUGCUGUUGAGAAAUGCUUGUCAUAUAGCAAAUUCUGGAGCACUGUUCCAGAUAAUCUCCUCAUUUUUAAAAACUAACCAUUUCUAGAGAGUCCUCCUUACUAAUUAAGUCGAUGAAAUGGGUUUGUAAGAUUUUUUUGAAAAUGUGUUGGUUAAGGAUUGGUAAAUCCAUAUAGAUUGACACUCAUUUUCCAAACGUACAACUAUUGCCCAAAUAAAAAGAAUGGCAUUGUAUUAACACAACUAUCAGGUGACAACAGUGUGUAUGUGUAUGUGUGUAUGUGUGGCGUGUGUGUGUGUGUGUAAGUGAAUCAGCACAUUCAAAAUUCCAAUUUUGAAGUAAACUCAUAUACUACUGUAACCAAAUGAUUAUAUGCAGCAUUCCGAGUCAUGAAUUUUUAUACACUCCUUAGAGAGGAAUUGAUGGCGGAUGUUAAUAGCGUUUUGCAAGUGAAAUGCAGCAGGAGAUCAAGUAGCCUGGCUCAUAUGGCACAGUAUGCACCUGUAUCCUCUCCAACCAGGGGUGUAUCUGGUCAGCAAUAGUGGAUCCUCAGUUCCAUGAAUGAGCAUAAAAGAUCAAAACCACUAAUGGGAUAACACAUUACCAUAGCUCAGAAAAUAAAUGUCAGCUCUGUGUCUCGCCAUGUUUUUGGCAGGCUGAGAUGAUAACAUAGCAAGCAGUUACUCCUGGGGCUUGGGGCAGCUUGCUUUCAUUGAAAGUGGCUUCCCUGAGAGCAGUUACGUUGUGCUCAUAGAAAUAGGCAGCCACUGUUUUUAAUAUGCUGCUUGGUGGCAUCAUCUUCUCAAAAUAAUUAUCCCCAACUGUAAACUUUCACUAUCUAGAUAUUUUUCAAAGGAACAUUUGAUAUAACAGCCUGAUAAAGUCAUUAUUUCAAAACCCUUAUCUUGAACUUUUCUGAUUAACUCAGCGUUUUUUCUCUAUAUUGCCAUAUUUCUUUUUAUUAAUUAUUUUUUAUUUUCAAUUACAGUUGACAUUCAAUAUU